UCAAAAUUGUGUUGCAACUUCUCUCUCCGGGGGACAGCGCAGUUUGAGGAAACCAGCACCAGUGAAGUUUUCAGUGACUCUAAGCAGUGCCAUCUGUGCUUGUUAUCUUUCAAAAUACUUCUUUUUCCUCUGCCCUUCAGGAGAUUAUCAUAUCCUGCAGUUCAGUCUCUGGAGCUUUGUUGAUUUAUCUUCCUCCUCAAGCAAAAUAAGCAGUGAUUCCUGCAUUUCUGAAGAAGACCUCAGGAUCCAGACUCCUGGAGAUUUUCAGCAAGGCUCAGCCACACCUGAAGAGAUGGGGAGUGAGUAUAAGAAAAUUAUUCUGCUGAAAGGAUUACAGCCCAUAGACAACUACCAGUUUAGCAUGGUUAAGUCCCUACUGGCCUGUGAUUUGAGACUGACUACAAAAAUGCAAGAAGAAUAUAACAAGGUCAAGAUUGCUGACCUAAUGGAAAAGAAGUUCCGGGGGUCUCUCUGUGUGGACAAGCUAAUAGAUCUAUUCAAGGACAUGGAAGGACUUGGAGACAUUGUUAAAACUCUUAAAAAUGAGAAGAAAAAAGUUAUGAGGCAAUGCAGAGUAAAAGGAAAAGUGCCCAUGAAGACAAGAAAGCAGGAUGCAUCCAGUACUGACGAAUCCACAUCUACCAUGAAUGAAGAUUUGGUAUCAGUCCAUGACAUACCCAUGUCCAAGAAAAAGAAAAUCAAAACCAUACAGAAUGAUGAAUCCAAGAGGACCCAGCCAACCCAGGGACAGAGUCAGCUUCCAGGACCUUCUGUAACCAGUACACAGUCAACAUGCAGCAACCCUCAGACUCCUCAGAUGCCUCCACCAACCCCAGGCAGCAGUUCUUCAACCAAGAAAAAGAAAAUCAAAACCAUACAGAAUGAUGAAUCCAAGAGGACCCAGCCAACCCAAGAACAGAGUCAGCUUCCAGGACCUUCUGUAAUCAGAACACAGUCAACGUGCAGCAACCCUCAGACUCCUCAGAUGCCUCCACCAACCCCAGGCAGCAGUUCCUCAACCAAGAAAAAGAAAAUCAAAACCAUACAAAAUGAUGAAUCCAAGAGGACCCAGCCAACCCAGGGACAGACUCAGCUUCCAGGACCUUCUGUAACCAGUACACAGUCAACGUGCAGCAACCCUCAGACUCCUCAGAUGCCUCCACCAACCCCAGGCAGCAGUUCCUCAACCAAGAAACCAAGAUUGAAGGCUGUACCUAGAGAAGCUUCCAUAGAAGAGGGUUUUCAGAAGGGCCCCAAGGAAGUGAUGGUGCUGAAAGCAACAGAACCAUUUGCAUAUGAUCUCAUGGAAGCAGAGAGAAAGAUGUUCCAUGCCACUGUGGCUACUGAGAGCCAAUUCUUCCAAGUGAAGGUUUUUCAUGUCAGCCUGAAGGAGAAGUUCAUCCCAAAGAAAGUCAUCGCCAUAUCAGAUUACUAUGGUCGCAAUGGGUUCCUGGAGUUGUAUGAUGCCACUUGUGUGUCUGAUGUCAAUGCUGACCGAAAGAUGGAAAUCUCAAGCAGACUGAUCCAAAAUGCAAAUGCAACUCCUAAAAUCAAUAAUCUUUACUCACAGGAGCCAGGAACAUUUGUGAGUGGGAUAUAUCAGGUGCAUAAGAAAAAAGUGUUGAAUGAACACAUCAUUUUGUAUGAAAUACAAGAUAAUACAGGGAAGAUGGAGGUCUUGGUGUAUGGACGACUUACCAAAGUCAACUGUGAGGAAGGUGAUAAACUCAAACUCAUCUGCUUUGAACUAAGUGCGGAUCCGAGACAGCUGAGAUCUGUAAUUCACAGUUUCAUCAAGGUCAUCAAGUCCAGGAAAAACAAAAAACAACCACUUAAUCCUGAUUCACAUAUGGAAAACCUCACUAUAACACCCUUCUAAAAACCUGGAUGCCAUUAACAAUGAUGUCUGUGGAGACAGUGAAGGAACAUAGAAGUACUGAGUCCAGCUUCUUCAUCUGCAAUGAAAAAAGUGAAGUUUAGAGAGAUUGAGAGAAGUCGUCAAGAUCAUAGCAUCCCUCAGCUAGUUCGGGAAUGUAUUUGAUGCUGAGAUGUCACCGACUGCUAAAACUUCCUCCAAAUCAGACUUGAUUUAUGGACCUUCAGGAUUAAGAAGGCUUCACACAGAAAUGAUUUGUAUCCUGAGCUACAUACUCAUAGUCUUUAUGUUCUUACUCUUAUUGCUUCAGAUUCGUAUUACUUUAUACAAACUUUCUGUAAUUGACUAUUCUAUAGGAUGCAGAUAACGGUGAUUAAGAGUUAAAGAAUGAGCUCUUGCAGUGACCUGUCCAAUCCGUGUUCUGACUCUCCUUACUGAUGUAAUGAUUCCCUCUGGAACUUACUGCUUCCAAGCAUACUGUGUCUCUAAAGGAGAUAAACAGGAUAUGGCCCCCCACCCAAAAGAAUUGGGGUCUUUGAUUUUGUGUUCAUCUAAAUAGCUUCAUCCUCUAAUGCCAUGGACCUGCUCUAUCUUCUAUUUUUGCACUUUGCCCCCUUUGGAGUUUCUCCUCUCCCCCAGCAUGAAGUAGGUGAGAAGCUAGAAGUUCCCCUAGAUUUGAAGUGUGGGAUCCAAGAGAAAUUCACAGCUCAGAGGUGCUAUCUACCAUCACAAACUCCUCAUUGCUAUAGUUGUACCAAGUGGUCUUAAGGUAUGCAGGAGGCAGAGAAAUAUCUCCAAGUAUCUCGAAGUAUCACCGUACGGCUCUGAUGAGAAGAUGUACAUCCAAACUAAAUGCCUCAUUUUCUUCAUUUGUAAAAAUAGAGCUAAUAAUGGUGAAAACAUAAUAGUUAUUAUCUGUGGUGGCCAUUAAACAAGGCAUCUCUACAAAGCACUUAACAAUUAGCUAGCCUGUAAUAUUUAGUAAAGAAAGCUAUUACACUGCUGUUUUUAACUUGCAUUUCCUAUUUAACGGUAUGUGUUAUAAAUCUUUAUGUGUCAGAACAUAGUCAUAAACUGUAGUCAUAUUCAAUAACAAAUUUAUCAUGACUAUUUUAA